AUGGCUCUAAGACGGGCUGCCUACAGUAGAUCCAAGGCUUCACCGUUCCGAAUGAAAGUGAUCCUUAGACGCAAGGGGAAUGUUGAAGUACGUGUUUUAAAUGAAGCCAUACAAUCAAUUGAAUGGACUUUCGCUCACAGCCAAAAAGAAACAUCAGGCUUGCCUGCAGCUAAUAUACUGAAGUCAGGAGAGAAGUGCAUCGAAAAGAUCUUCUGUCUAGGCCAGACUCUCCUGCGGACGCAAGCAUGCAGCAAUCUAGGUAACGAGGAACUACCUACACACGCGGUCUUUUGCCGUAAAAUUAGAGAUGUCCUUAAUACAAAGGAAGCACAACCAACUACGAUUAGAAACGCCUUAGCGCAGAUCCUUAAUCAAAGUCUAUGGAUGAUUGAGCUGGAGCUUUUUCGGCCAUCCCCCGUCGUGACUUUUCCACAACAGUUGAGAGAGGUUGAGCUUCGCAUUUUGUUGCAAGAAUCAGGAAUCUGGAGUAUUCGUAAAUUCUUCACGUUGCAAGCGACAUUGACUACUCUCAAGUCAGCCGCUUACUCAAAGGCUUCCCAACCCCCUAUCGCAAGCCCUCCUCCUCUGAUUAGAACCCAAGAGUCUUUCGGAACAGCAAACCACAACAACUACGAAAUCGCCCCGUAUCGGACGCUUCAGCCAGCACAAUUUGAAGAGUUCUUGGCGUUAUACGUCACUUCCACUGAGACCUGGGUACCUACUACGGGAUGUCUUGAGAGGCUGAAAUCGGUUGUGAGUGGAUCGCUUGGCCCCUUGCACGCCACACGCAUGUCCAAGAAACCAAGACCUGGGACAAGACGAUAUAAACACGACAAUACAUCCGGGGACAAAGAAAUUAAAAUCAACCUUUCUUUCUAUCGUAUAUUUGCGUAUCCCCACCUUGGCGUCAACGACUUUGCGCGACCAUAUCGAACAGCCAAGGCAUCCCAAGGAUGCACUAAAUUUCGAGAAUCCAUAGUGGUUGCCAUCAAGCCGCUGAACCUUCGAUCUGAUGACCAUGGUUUCACUUCAGAUUUGGUCUUGGGUAUUUUAUUUGACGACACUUCAAUAUGGGUUGCAAAACACCUCCUCUCCUUGGCUUCUGGUCAGAAGUCCCUCUAG